UUCCACAUUCCCAUUUCCAUUCACCUUCGCAUCGAGAAUCAACAACACACCCAUGGCAAAAUCCGCAUCAUCCCUAUUGCAGAAACUGAAAGGUUUCAUCAAGAAGCCAUGGGAGUUUACAGGACCAGUUUCUCAUCCAGAGUACAAAUCAGCAUUACCAGGAGCACUUGAAUACCGUCUUUAUUGCCCCGCUACCACAAAGGAAAAAGCGAUUAUCCCAACUUCCGAUCCUGAAACCGUUUACGAUAUCAAGUAUUAUACUCGCGAUCAACGCCGUAACCGUCCUCCCGUUACUCGCACAAUCUACAAGAAGGCUGAUAUCGAGAAACUCAGGAAUGAAGCUAGCUAUGAUGUCUCUGAAUUUCCCCCAAUUUACCCUAACAUUAUUGUUGAGGAGGAUUACAAUGCUCGUGGCGGUGGAUACCAGUCAUAGGUUUGUGCUAUUCAUGGGAUUACUUUAUUGACCCAGUCAACUUUCUGUUUCUCUCAAUGCAAAGGUCUGAAGAGUCUUAGCACAGACCUGCAAUGAUUGUCUAUUUUGAAUGGGUGUAAGCAUUUUAUAUCAAUAAUAAAGGGUUACUAGCUGCUGUAAGUUUAACUACCUGUGUACUUAUUUGUGAACAUUGUAUGAGAAAGUAAAUUUCUUUAUUGACCAUUUUUUUUACAAAAGUUGCCUCAUUGACUUGA